UAACCGCUUGGCAGCGGAGUGUUUCAACACAAUAUCGAGAAUAGCGAGUUACAUCCAGACAUCCCUCACCUCAGACCUUGGCGUUUCUCUCUGUGUAUCUGCGCUUCUUUUUGAUACAUUGCCUUGAUUAGACGUCUAUAAGUGAGGUAACUGUUCCCUCGUUUAUCUCAGAGCCAGAGAGGCUUACACACACACUAGUUGUCCGCAGAAGUUUUUCGGGGCGUCUUGCGGGAAUGUUUGUGCAGCAGCGCGCGCCGCAGCACUUCCACCGCCUGUGACUGACAGCGCGAGACAAUCAGCAUUCUGCAUCGGGUUCAAACGUCCUUUCCAGAGACCUCCAGCCUUCUGGGACAAUCUGAUAAGAAUCCGAAGAACUGCAGCAGUUUUCCCAGUGUACCUGUUUACCAUCCAGCAGUUUGUUGUUCCUCUCUGCUGCUGCUCAUCGGUGGAUAUAAUCGCUUCAGUGCUCCAGACAAAAUGGCUUCCACAGUGAGAAAAUGUCAGCACCUGUUUUUAGCACUCAUCCUUCUUCCUUUGAUCUGCUGCAUGCAUCCAGACUGUGUCAUCCAGUUAGAGAAGGAGAAGUGUAUGGAAAGGAUGGCCCUGGAUGAUCCCAACAGUGAACCGGAAUUAGUCUGUCGAUGGAUGUGGGACAACCUUACCUGCUGGCAGCCUGCAAGACUGGGUCAAGUGGUCUGGAUGCCCUGUCCUGAACUAUUUGAAGUCAUGAAUGAUGAAAAUAAUGAGUUUGGAAAGGUGAGUCGAAACUGCACUGAAUAUGGCUGGUCGGAGAUGAUCCCACACUACGUUGAUGUUUGCCCUUUCAAUGAAAAUGGAACAAAUCCAGACAUGUACUAUGUGUCAGUAAAGGCUCUGUAUACUGUGGGUUACAGCACCUCGCUGGUAUCUCUCACCACUGCCAUGGUCAUCCUCUGCAAGUUCAGGAAGCUACACUGCACCCGAAAUUUCAUUCAUAUGAACCUGUUUGUGUCCUUCAUCCUGAGGGCCAUCUCGGUUUUCAUUAAAGAUGGAAUUUUAUAUGCAGAGGAGGACAGCAACCAUUGCUUUAUACACACUGUGGAGUGUAAAGCGGUGAUGGUAUUUUUUCACUAUUGUGUUCUGUCAAAUUACUUCUGGCUGUUCAUCGAGGGAUUGUACCUCUUUACUUUGCUCGUUGAGACGUUCUUUCCUGAGAAAAGAUACUUCUACUGGUAUACCAUUAUUGGAUGGGGUACUCCAACAAUAUGUGUGACUAUCUGGGCUGUUUUAAGAGCUCAUUUUGACAACAUUGGUUGCUGGGAUAUUAAUGACAAUGCUGCCAUCUGGUGGGUGAUUAAGGGUCCUGUUCUAGCCUCUAUUAUGAUCAACUUUAUACUGUUCAUUGGCAUCAUUAUAAUCUUGGUGCAGAAGCUGCAGUCUCCAGACAUCGGAGGGAACGAGUCCAGCAUUUAUCUGCGUCUGGCUCGCUCCACUCUGCUCCUCAUUCCCCUGUUUGGCAUCCACUACACCGUCUUUGCUUUCACUCCAGAAGAUGUCAGUAAGAGGGAAAGGCUGGUGUUUGAGCUCGGUCUUGGCUCUUUUCAGGGUUUUGUUGUAGCUGUCCUUUACUGCUUCCUCAAUGGAGAGGUGCAGUCCGAAAUCAAGCGAAAGUGGCGCAGCUGGACGGUGAACCGCUACUUCGCAGUGGACAUGAAGCACAGACACCCUUCUCUGGCCAGCAGCGGAGUCAACGGGGGAACACAGCUCUCCAUCCUCAGCAAAAGCAGCUCACAGAUCCGCAUGUCCAGCCUUCAAGCCGAAACACCAGCCACAUGAGCGCUCAGACCCACUAACUGAAGGCCAAACACCUUAGAGCGACAUCCCAUAAUCUACAGUGCGUCAACAACAUACAGGUCCUGUUUCUUCUUCGUUUGAGUCCGUAUCGUGUCGGUUGAAGUUGUAAUAUCUGGCAACCGUCAGCUGUAAUAUCUGGCAACAGCCAAUAGAUGCCAGGAUUUCUCUCUGGGAAAUCUGAGGAGGUCGCAAACGGUGUUCUAUUUUCUGCGGCUGUUGGAUUUGAUAUGAACCGAAAGAAAUUACUUACGAAGGAAACAAAAGACUCCGAAUCUGUAACUGUGAGGUGUUUAGGAUGCAGUUUUAUGUACAUAUAAAAAAAACCCAGUCACGUUUUCUUUUUUCUGUCUAUGAAGAAUUGUGAAGAUUUCGCGUUAGUUAUCGUCAAACAGAAGCAGUUGGUCUGGAUGAAGACAGUACCAAGUGGAAAAAGUCAUUUUUGAAAGGAGAAGAAAUCACAUUUUUGGCCCAAAUGAGCUAAUGAACUGAGUUCCUGUUCCUAACAUGAAUUUAAUAUGUAAAUAGUUUCAUAUAUUGUAACUGUAGGAUGAAGGGAAUGCAGGGAAAAGACAAUGAAGAUGAUCUAGUGGACAAAGUUUGUGAACGCUUCUUGGAUACGUUGAAGUCCUGGGACUUAGGCUACAGUAUUUCCAGAACUGGCAUUUGAAACCUCUUUAAAAGAGUAACUGUUUUUUUGUUUGUUUGGUUGUUUGUUUGUUUUUUACUGAGUGAAUUCCUCUUCUAUUUCUUGUGGUUACAUAUAUAUUUUAAAUAGCCGUCAGUACAGAAAAUGUCAAUUAAAAUAUAACAAUGCAGCAAACAUGUGCCACAUACCACAAUGUUUGGCAUAUAA